AUGGGUGCAGACUGGCUGGGGGCGUGGGGACGAGCUGUGUCCCCGCUGUUGCCCGCAGGGUCCCGGCUCGGCAUGGGCGAGGCAAGUGACAUGGACAGCGGGAUCAUGCUACACUCGGGCCCUGACAGCCCGGUGUCCCCACCAAAGGAGCGGGUGCAGGCGGGGCGGCGGCAGCAGCAGGUGCUGGAGGCCCGGCUCGAUAGCUGCAUCCAGGAGCUGCGGCGGCUGUGCCUGCGAGAGGCGGAGCUCACGGGGACCCUACCCUGUGAGUACCCCCUGAAAGCUGGCGAGAAGCCCCCCAAAGUCUAUCGCAGGAUCGGGGCUGCCUUCAAGCUGGAUGAGAUCAUCGUUCUUCAUGGGGUGGACCCUCUGGAACGGGAGCGAGCAUUGCAGCUGCGGAUUGCCGAGGCCUCCCGCCGGCUCUGCCACGAGGAGAACAUUGGCCGGCAGGUGCGGAAGAGACGGCAGACGGCGGCGCUCCGCGAGGAGCAGAAGCUGCGGGACCUGGAGCAGGUCCUGAGCCAGCGGCGGCUCCUGGCAGGGCAGCGGGACACCAGUACUGCCGAGGGGCCCUGCCCCACAGAGCUCAGUGCCUCUGAUGAGAGCUCCGUGUCUGACACCAGCCUGUUGGACGAGGAGAACACACGACCACCAGGACGUGCCACCCCACGGAGGUCCCCAUCUCCCAAGGACUCCACCAAGGAGGAGGAGAAGGAGUCAGGACUUCUGAAAUCCCCCGCCAAUCCCUGGCAGGAGACCAGCCUGGACAGACCCCAUGAGAGGGCCAAAAAUCCCAGCAUUGACCCUGAGGAUGGGGAAACCCAGAGCUCCCAAUGCUGUCUUGGAUCCCUAAUGGCUGCCCCUGCCAGCUCCUUGGCCCCCAGCAGCCCUGAAUCGGCAGGCUCCCCAGUGUCCAGGACAGGGGACCUCCCGUACCGGUUCAUCCCCAUCCGGACCCUGGUGCUGUGCCGUCAAGCGAGUUCCAGUGCUCCCAGCACCCCAGAGCCAUCGGGACAGCAGGGACAGACCCAGCCUCUGAGGGCGGACCCAUGCUGGCAGCCAGCUGAGCCACGGGGCCGCAGCACCGCACCCCGCCGGCGCCCCACCUACUACACAGUCACUGUGCCCACCUCCUGCAUCCCGACCCGCAGCCCUGCAUGCCGCUCCGGCUCCGAUGACAGCAUCUCCGACCUCUCCAGCAUCUCCCACGCCACCUCCCCAGGCAGCAGCAGCCCUGACAUGUCCUUUACAGUUCCGCUGUCUCUUGCUGAGCCUGGGUACUACCCCCGAGGUGCCUUCCAGCUCCUGCCGCCUGCUGGCCCGCUGACUUUCCUGUACGAGCAGGAUCUGGCCCCACUGCGAUACCAACGCCUGGUGCCCUCCCGCAGCCGCAUUGUGCGCACACCCUCGCUCAAAGACUACGCACCCACUGGGGCCCGGGGGCUCUCCAAGGCCACCGUCACAGAGGAGCUCAAGUCAUGGCACCAACGUGCCCGGCUGAGGGGUGCCCGGCCCCACUCCCUCGACCGGCAAGGGGCUUUCCAGAGAACCCAUGGUGGGACCACCAGGGAUGUGCCCAUUGCUCAUGGAGUCCUAUCACUGGUUCAGGGUCCCCCGGUGCAGGUGCUGCAACGCUCAGCAGCUGGCGUGCCUGUGCAGGUCUAUAUGCCUGAGAACGGCGAGGUUGUCACACAAGUGUGA